UUGUUUAUUUACUGAUAUUUACCUAUUUAUUUUAUCACAUUGCUAUUUUCCUGAAGUCGUCGCGCUCUUGCGUAUAAAAUUUAAUGAAUUUUUUCCUUGCCAAUCAAUGAUUACGUUUUAAAUGUUGAAAUAUUUUGUAAUGUUUUUUAACAUAAUGCUUUUUAUCAUUUUUUUAAAGUUUUGCUAAAAAAUUUUUCAGUUUUUUUUUCAAAAUGACUACAGCUGAUCAAUUAGCUGAAGAUCUUGAACCUAAUACAUCGGCGAGGGAUCAUGACGAGUCAGCAGAAUUUCAAGAACCGAAUGAAUUUAUUGAAAAUCUCCAAAAAGAUCUUACAAAAUGGAUGCAGGGAUUUCGCCAUUUCAAACGUUUAUUUGAUCGUGAUCAAUCCAAAUUAACUCCAAUAGAAAAGUCUUUAAAUGAAUUACAAGUGGCAUUGCGACACUUGGAACAAAACAUUGAAAUACCAGAACUGUGCCUUCAGAUCAACCCUCACAUUCAACAAAUUGUGGAUGCUGCCAAAUCUCAAAAUCGAAAACCCAAACCAGAAGAUCUCGGGACACUUGGACAAGACCCUGAAUUCUUGGCCUCACUUUCAAAUGGUGUUGUAGAAUGGAUAAAAGCGAUUCAAAAGGUUACAAAUAUGGAUCGAGAUCCAUCAUCUGGUACUGCAUUACAAGAAGCAACUUUUUGGAUUAAUUUGGAGAAAGCGCUGAACAAAAUCACAACAUUACACGAUUCCAUUGAAGUUAUUACAACUCUUGAUGUGUUAAAGGCAGGGAAACGUUUUCAUGUUACAACUUCUUUUGAAUCUGAUACUGGUUUAAAAGAGAAAUUGACAACUGCCAUUGAUUAUAAUGUUUUGAUGAAGGAUUUGCCGUUAAGUGAACUUUUGGGUGCUUCUGAUUUGGAUUCUUUACGUCAGGCAGUUUUGAACAUUUUCAACGUCUUCAAGAAAUUACGCAAUACAAAAUAUCCUGUUAAACGUGCAAUGCAAUUUUUCAAUACAAUUUCUGCAGAUCUUUGUGAACAGAUGAUUCAGAUUCUCAAACCUCGUUUACUUAUGCAUGCUCCUAUUUCUGAACUUGACGAAGUUAUGGCUGUUUGUUCAAAAAUUUGGUUUCAAUGGGAUGAGGAAUCUGACAAAAUUCAAGGAAUGUUCCGUGAUAUUGCAAAGCGACAACGUUCUGAUGUGAAAUUUCAGCAUAGAACUCAAUAUCGUCACAAAGAUUUAGAAAAUAGAUUGAAUGAACUUAACACUUUUCGACGACAGCAUGAACAGUUAAGCAAUGUUAUUUCUCGUGUUUUACGUUUUAAAGGAGCAAAUUCACUUGGGAAUAUUACUGGAAAACAAACAAAUCCCGAGAAGGAGGUUAUCAAGGCAUAUGAGGCUAUCAAGGAAGUUAAUUAUUUGGAUUUGAGUCAUUCCGGUCAGCAAGCUUGGCAAAGUUCGAUGCAAUAUUACAAAAAUCAUAUUGUUGGAAUUGAAACUCAGUUAGCCUCACAUCUUCGUGAUCAACUUGGUAGCUGUAAAAGCGCUGAUGAUAUGUUUUCAAUCUUUUCUCGUUACAAUGCUCUUUUUGUUCGUCCUCAUAUUCAAACUGCUAUUAGAGAAUACCAAGCUGUUUUAAUUGAUCGUGUUCGUGAAGAUAUUCGAAUUCUACAAGAAACUAUUAUCGACCCAAAAAAGAUGGAAUUGGCAAUUUUCGUUGUGGAAGGUUAUGAUAUUCCUGAAUUUUCUGCUAAAGUUAUGUGGCUCCGUCAAAAUGAGUUGCAGCUUAAUAUGAAUAUGCAAAGAAUUGCUGAUGUGUUGGGAACUCAAUGGGUUAAUCAUCUUGAAGGAAAAGAAUUGAAAAGGGAAUGUGAUUUACUUAAAAAACAACUCGAUACUUCAGUAAUGUUCAAAGAAUGGUCUGAUAGAGUCCUUACCAAAUGCAAAACAACCAAUGAUAAACUUUUUUGUGUUGAAAAACAACAACGUGAUGGGAAAGUUAUUUGUCGUCUUCGUGUUAAUUAUUCGGCUGAUUCUAUUCGCAUUGCUAAAGAAGUAAGAAACUUAAAAAAUAUGGGCUUUCGCAUUCCAUUCAAAAUUAUGAGUUAUUCUGUUGGAAUAAGUCAAUAUAAUCCUUAUGCAAUUUCAUUAAUGGAAUCUGUUCGGCUUUAUGAAUCUACAAAUGAAAUUAUUUUAACUCGUCCGUCUGUCGAAAAUUUGGUUGCAGGCCAUAGACUUAUAAUACAUGAUUUGCUUUGUGAGGGUUACAAAACUGAUUGGAGCAAUUUUAAACUUGAAUCAUAUGUUUGUAAAUUUGGGGAGGCUGUGAACAACUUUCUCGAAAAAGUUACAGAUUUGAUUGAAUAUCUUGAUAAGAUCGAUGUUGAACUAUCCGCAUUGGAUAAAUGUCAAUACAAUGAAGAAACAAUUUCACAAAUUAUUGGAGCUAUUCAAAAAUCUAUUGAUCAAAUGGCUUUAAAUGAUUAUUCUAAUUUGCAUAAAUGGAUUGAAGAACUUGAUAAAACUUUGGAGGCAAAGCUUGCUCGUCGAUUAGAAGAAGCAAUUCAUGUUUGGACAUUAGUUUUGCAACAAAAUCGUGAUGAAUUGGAAGAUGAGAGGGAAGCUAACAUUUUACCCAAAAUAAAUACAAUAACUUUGGAGAUUCGUAUUGUCUCUCAAUUUAUUACUGUUGUUCCGUCUCUUGAAAAGGCUAAAUCUGAUCUUUUUGACCAAUUUUAUCACUGGCAUUCAAUAAUAACUGCACAACCAAGAAUCUCUUCUUCUCGUUUUCAACAACAAAGACUUUUCGAGGCAUACAAAGCAAUUGAUGAUGUUCUGCUUAAAACAAAUGACUAUGUUAAUCAUUGGACUCGUUAUCAAGCUCUUUGGGACCUGCAACAAGAUAUUCUUUUUGAAAGACUUGGAUUUGAAUUAACUAAUUGGAUGAAAGUAAUCUUGGAAAUCAAAAAGUCUCGUUCGAUGGUUGAUUCGCCAGAAUCUCAACAUAAAAUAUUCCCUUUCUCUGUUGAUUACUCUCGUGUUCAGUCAAAAAUUGCUAUGAAAUAUGAUUAUUGGCAAAAAGAAGUUUUGUCUAAAUUUGGAAAUUUUUUGGGAACUUCAAUGCAUGACUUUUUUUCUUAUAUCUCUACUGCACGUUCUGAGCUCGAAUCCCAAAGUAUUGAUUCAACCAAUACAAGUGACACUGUUGCAUUAAUUACACAAGUACAAAAUUUGAAAAAGCAUAUCAUUCCCUUCAAAGAGAAAGUUAGCAGUUAUUGUACGGGCCAAAAACUUUUAAACAAUCAUCGUUUUACAUUUCCUCCGUCUUGGCUUUAUGCUGAAAAUGUUGAGGGUGAGUGGUCAGCAUUAAUGGAUGUUUUGGAAAGGAAGGAUACUGCGAUUCAAACACAGAUUACAAAUCUUCAAACAAGAAUUCAUGAAGAGGAUAAACUUUUAGAAAAACACAUUAAUGAUCUUAUUAGUGAAUGGAACAAAUCUAGACCUGUAAAAGGAGCAAUUCGUCCUAAAGAUGCUUUGGCCAUUUUGACUAAUUUCGAAGAUAAGUUUAAACGACUUAAAGAUGAACAAGAAAAUAUUGUGAAGGCCAAAAACGCGCUGGAGAUUAGUGAAUCUGUUGUUAGUAUAAACCAACAAUCAGCUUCAAAAUUGGAGCUUGCAAUUGAGGAACUUGAGGAUUUAUCAUGCGUUUGGAAAUCUUUAUUGCCUAUCUACAAUAAUUUGGACGAAUUAAAGGAAAUUCCCUGGCUCUCUAUUCAACCUAGAAAAUUACGUCAAAAUUUGGAGGAACAACUUGGUAAACUUAGAAAUCUUCCCUCUCACUAUAAACAAUAUGAUGCAUAUGCCCAUGUUAAAGGUCUUUUGCAGAAUUACUUGAAGAUGAACCUUCUUAUUAUGGAAUUAAAAUCUGAGGCUUUAAAGGAUCGUCAUUGGAGAACAUUAAUGAAGGAGAUGGGCGUUAAUUGGGUUCUUUCCGAAUUAACAUUGGGAAAAGUUUGGAGCGUUGAUCUUCAGAGACAUGAACAUGCUGUACGUGAGGUCUUACUCACAGCUCAAGGAGAACUUGCACUUGAAGAAUUUAUUAGACAAGUCAAAGACUAUUGGACUGAUUAUACUCUUGAUUUGGUUGGUUAUCAGCAAAAGACUAGAUUAAUUCGUGGAUGGGAUGAUUUAUUCAACAAAUUGAAAGAACACAUGAAUAGUUUAAAUCAAAUGAAACUGUCUUCCUACUACAAACAAUUUGAGGAAGAUGCUUUAUCUUGGGAGGAUAAACUUAAUAGAAUUAAUGCUUUAUUUGAUGUUUGGAUUGAUGUACAAAGAAGAUGGGUUUAUUUGGAAGGUCUUUUUACUGGAUCAGCGGAUAUUGCUCACUUGCUUCCAUCUGAAACUAGUCGAUUUAAUCAAGUCUCAACAGAAUUUCUUGGCUUAAUGCGAAAGGUUUCACAAUCACCACGUAUUCUCGAAGUUGUUCAUAUACAAGGAGCUCAAAAAAUACUUGAACGUUUGGCAGAUUUACUCUCAAAAAUACAAAAAGCACUUGGUGAAUAUUUGGAACGUGAAAGAAAUUCUUUUCCUCGAUUUUAUUUUGUUGGCGAUGAAGAUUUAUUAGAAAUUCUUGGCAAUUCAAAGGAUUUACUCCGUGUACAAAAGCAUUUCAAAAAGAUGUUUUCAGGAAUUGUGGCAGUUGAACAUGAUACAGAGAAAAACUUGAUAAAAGCAAUUUCUUCUCGAGAAGGUGAAACUGUUUUGCUUACUACUCCAAUUGAUUUGAUUAAAAAUUUCAAAAUUAAUGAUUGGCUUCGAUUGAUGGAGCGUGAAAUGCAAGCUACACUUGCAGAAAUGCUUUCUAUUUCUUUAAAUAAAUUUUUCUUAUAUGAUGUUCAAAAAAUAAAAAUGGAAGAAUACAUUAAUUGGAUUGAAGAAUAUCCGUCACAAAUCGUUAAUCUUGCAAUGGAUGUUUGGUGGACGAAUGCUAUUGAAAUGUGUUUAAAAAAUGGUGAAAAUUUGUCUAAAGUUGCCGGUUUAGUUGAGAAAUUACUUUCUUUGUUAUCUAAUAGCGUUCUCUGUGAUCAACCUCGUAUUACAAGAUUGAAAAUUAUAAAUUUGAUUACUGCAUUCAUUCACAAGAAGGGAAUUAUAAGGGAUCUUCUUAAAAAUGAGGUCAAAACAAUUAAUGAUUACAACUGGCUAAAGAACUUACGUGUUUACUUCGAAGCAAAUACAAAAAAAUGCGUCAUUAAAAUGUCGAAUGCUGUCUUCUAUUAUGGAUUUGAAUAUUUGGGAAUUCAAGAAAAACUUGUUCAAACUCCUUUAACUGACCGUUGCUAUCUUACCAUGACUCAAGCUUUGCAUUUUCGAUUUGGAGGAAGCCCGUUUGGACCGGCUGGUACUGGAAAAACUGAAUCGGUUAAAGCACUUGGUCAUCAACUUGGAUGUUUUGUUCUUGUUUUUAAUUGUGAUGAAACUUUUGAUUUUCAAGCUGUUGGUCGUAUUCUUGUUGGUCUUUGCCAAGUUGGUGCUUGGGGUUGUUUUGACGAGUUUAAUAGAUUGGAGGAACGCAUGCUUUCUGCAGUCUCUCAACAGAUCCAAGCAAUUCAAGAAACUAUAAGGAAUGGUGGUAACAUGAAGGUUGAUCUCAUUGGAAAAAAUUUAACCGUCAAUGAAAACAUGGCUAUUUUUAUCACUAUGAAUCCUGGAUAUUCUGGUCGUUCAAAUCUGCCAGAUAAUUUGAAACAGCUUUUCCGUUCAUUUGCAAUGACUGCUCCAGACAGUGGGCUUAUUGCUGAAGUUAUGCUUUCAUCGCAAGGAUUCCAAUCUGCAGAAAUUCUUUCAAACAAAAUUGUUCUCCUAUUUACUCUUUGCAAAGAACAACUUUCCAGCCAAUGUCACUAUGAUUUUGGUCUUCGGGCACUUAAGAAUGUCUUGGUUUCUGCUGGAAACAUUAAGCGUGAAGCGAUCCAAAAUACCAAUGAAAGCAAUAUGGAAGCCGAUGCUUCUUCCUUGCAAAUUUCUGAGCAGCAAAUUCUUAUUCAAUCUGUUUGUGAAACACUUACUCCAAAAUUAGUGUCAGAAGAUAUUACUUUGUUACAAUCACUUUUACAUGAUGUUUUCCCAGAAGUUGAUUAUCAACAAAAGUCAAUGGAAACUUUGCGCGAUGAAAUUAUUCGAAUUGCUACUGAAGAACACUACUGCUGUUCAACAGAUAUUGGUGAGAAAGGAUCGCUCUGGAUGGAGAAAGUUCUGCAAGUCUACCAAAUAACAAACCUCAAUCACGGUUUGAUGCUUGUUGGUUCUAGUGGUUCGGGAAAAUCAUCGGCAUGGAAAAUCUUACUUAAAUCAUUGGAGAAGUUAGAGAAUGUAGAGGGUGUUUCACAUGUUAUUGAUGCAAAAGCAAUGAGUAAGGAUGCACUUUAUGGUGUUUUGGAUCCCAAUACAAGAGAGUGGACUGAUGGACUUUUCACACAUAUCAUUAGAAAGAUUGUCGAUAAUGUUCGCGGUGAAGCUAGCCGACGACAAUGGAUUAUUUUCGAUGGAGAUGUUGAUCCAGAAUGGGUCGAGAAUCUUAACUCCGUUCUUGACGACAAUAAACUUCUUACCUUACCAAACGGAGAACGUCUUGCUAUCCCACCAAAUGUCCGUAUAAUUUUCGAAGUGGCUGAUUUGAAAUAUGCAACUAUGGCUACUGUUUCGCGGUGUGGAAUGGUCUGGUUCAGUGAGGAUGUAGUUACUUCUGAUAUGCUCUUUGAACGUUAUCAUCUUCAACUUCGAAAUAUUCCUUUAUUUACUGAAAAUCCUUCCAAUUCAUUAAAACUUCAAGAAAUUUGUGCUGAUCUAUUAUUUGAUCAUAUGAAGGGAGGUGGGCUUAUUCCUCUUGCUUUGAACUUUACAAUCGAGCAACUCGAUCAUAUAAUGUAUCCAUCAAAACAACGACUUUUAAUGUCAUUUUUCUCAAUGAUGAAUUUCUCAAUAAAACAAUUAUUGCAGUAUGAUGCCGAUCAUCCUGAUUUUCCACCAACUACUGAACAAGUUGAAAAUUUCAUUGGACGCUCGAUGCUUAUUAAUCUCAUUUGGUCAUUUAGCGGCGAUGGCAAUUGGAAAUCUCGAAAAGCAUUAAGUGACUUUGUUCGAAGCUCAACAACAAUUCAAUUACCUCAAAAUGAAUCGUUACCGCUAAUUGAUUUCUAUGUUCCGCCGACUGGUGAUUGGACGCCUUGGUCUGAUAAAGUCCCUCAAAUUGAAAUUCAAUCAGAUAAAAUUGUGGAUACUUCAACUGUUAUACCAACAAUGGACACUGUUCGCCAUGAAUCACUUUUAAAUACUUGGCUGAAUGAAAGGAAACCUCUCGUUUUGUGUGGUCCUCCUGGAUCUGGUAAAACGAUGACAUUACUUUCUGCACUUCGGUCGUUCCCUGAUAUGGAUGUAAUUAAUGUCAACUUUUCUUCUUCCACCACUCCUGAACUUCUUCUUAAAAACUUUGAUCAUUAUUGUGAAUAUCGCCGAACUCCAAAUGGUGUUGUUCUCUCACCUAUUCAAAUUACACGUUGGCUUGUUAUAUUCUGUGACGAAAUAAAUUUACCCCAACUUGAUAAAUAUGGAACACAACGAGUUAUUUCAUUUAUGCGACAGUUAGUUGAGCAGAAUGGUUUCUACCGAACAAGUGACAAAUCUUGGGUCUCAUUGGAGCGUAUUCAGUUUGUUGGUGCAUGUAACCCACCAACCGAUCCUGGACGAAAUCCGCUUUCAUCAAGAUUUCUUCGACAUGUUCCAGUUAUUUAUGUUGACUAUCCUGGCGAAACAUCAUUGAUUCAAAUUUAUGGAACAUUUGCUCGUGCAAUGCUUCGACCAAUCACACAAUUACAUGGCAAAGAUGUUCCUCUAACAGAUGCGAUUGUUGAAUUUUAUCAGCGAAGCCAAGAACAUUUUACACAAGACGAUCAACCACAUUAUGUUUAUUCUCCUCGUGAAUUGACACGUUGGGUACGAGGAAUCAAUGAAGCUAUUGCACCAAUGGAUGGUAUUACUACAAAUGAUUUAGUUCGUCUCUGGGCUCAUGAAGCACUGCGUCUUUUCCAAGAUCGACUUGUUUAUGAUGAAGAAAGAAAAUGGACUGAAGAUUUAGUUGAUGAAAUCGCUGGGAAAUACUUUGCUGGAUCGUGUGAUUUACGUGAAGCGCUUGAACGUCCAAUACUUUAUUCCUCUUGGCUUAAAAAGAAAUAUUCUCCUGUUUCACAAAAAGAACUCGCCGAUCACGUGGUUCAUCGUCUAAAGCAAUAUAAUGAAGAGGAAAUAGACGUUGGUAUUGUCUUAUAUGAUCAAAUGCUUGACCAUCUUCUUCGAAUUGAUCGCGUAUUUCGUCAACCUCAAGGACAUUUGCUUUUAAUUGGCGUCUCCGGUUCUGGUAAAACAACACUUUCACGAUUUGUUGCUUGGAUGAAUGGUUAUUCUGUUGUGCAGCUCAAAGUUCAUUCGAAAUACAAGGGUUCCGAUUUUGAUGAAGAUGUUCGCUUAGUUUUGCGCAGAGCAGGCUGUAAAGGCGAAAAAAUUUGCUUCAUUAUGGAUGAGUCAAACAUGUUGGAAACUGGCUUUUUGGAACGACUUAAUACACUAUUAGCAAAUGGCGAGGUUCCUGGACUUUUUGAGGGUGAUGAUUACAACACACUCCUUAAUCAAAUCAAAGAAGGAGCUCAACGUCAAGGACAGAUGCCAGACUCGCCAGAGGAAUUAUAUAAAUGGUUUACACAACAGAUUGUUCAAAACCUUCAUAUUGUCUUUACAAUGAACCCAUCUGGCGAUGGACUUCGUGCUCGUGCAUCAACAUCGCCUGCUCUUUUUAAUCGUUGCGUUUUAAAUUGGUUUGGAGACUGGUCAAAUGCAUCUUUGUAUCAAGUUGGCGAUCAACUUACUUCUAUGUUCGAAAUUGACAAAUCUGACUAUGUUCCACCCGCCGCAAUGGAACACUGUUGUGAUCGUUUACCUACUGAAAUUUAUUAUCGGGAUGCUGUUGUUAACUCCUUUGUUCACAUUCACAACGAGGUUCAAAGGACGAAUGAUGUUGAGUCGCGGAAAGGGCAUCGUGUCAUGGCUGUAACACCUCGACAUUAUCUUGAUUUCAUCAAACACUUCACAACAUUGUUCAAAAGGAAACGUGAAGAAUUGACGGAGGAAAAAAUUCACCUUGAAAAUGGUUUGAAAAAGAUUCAAGAAACUGAGAAAGAAGUUACCGAAUUAAAAUCUUCAUUGAGUCAGAAAAGUGAAGAAUUACGAACAAAACAAAAACAAGCUAAUGAAAAGUUGCAACAAAUGUUGGCUGAUCAAAGGGAAGCUGAAAAUGAGAAGAAGAAAUCUGAAACUUUACAAGAACAAAUUCGUAACGAGAAGAAAAUGAUUGAAAUAAAGAAAGCUGAGGUUGAAAAAGAACUUGCUGAUGUAUUACCUGCUGUUGAAGAGGCUAAAAGUGCCGUUUCGGGUAUAAAGAAACAACAACUUGUUGAGGUUCGAUCAAUGGCUUCGCCACCUAAAGCUGUUCAACUUGCUGUGGAAGCCAUUUGUUUGUUGCUAGGCGAAAAAGUUAGCAGCUGGAGAGACAUUCGUGGAAUUUUGGUCAAAGAAGAUUUUAUUCCAAGAAUUGUUCAAUUCAAUACAGAAGCAAUUACUCCAGAAAUUACAGAGAAAAUGAAACCAUUUGUUAACAAUCCAGAUUGGGAGUAUGAAAAGGUUCUUCGUGCCAGUCAAGCAUGUGGUCCACUCGUAAAAUGGUCUAAAGCACAGCUUUCUUAUGCCAAAAUGUUAAAUAAAGUGGAGCCGCUAAACAAUGAACUUUCGCGUCUUCAACAGGAUGCAAGUCAAAAAGCACAUGCGGGUGGAGAAGUUAAAAAGAAGAUUGAAGAACUGGAGGAAAGAAUCCAAAAACUUAAGGAUGAAUAUGCCCAACUUAUAGCAGAAGCAGAAAACAUCAAGCAAAAUCUUGCUGCUGUUCAAAAGAAAGUUGAUAGAAGCACUCAACUACUUUCUUCACUUCGAGUAGAAUGUGACCGUUGGCAGGCUAGCCGUGAAGGAUUUAGUCAACAAAAUGCGACUCUUGUUGGUGAUGUUCUUCUUUCUGCUGCAUUCCUCUCUUACUCUGGCUAUUAUGACCAAUAUUUACGAGACAAAUUAUUCCAUAAAUGGAUGAACAUUUUGCAAACAGCCGAUGUUGUCUUUCGUCAUGAACUUGCUCGUAUUGAAUACCUUUCAACUGCUGAUGAGCGACAACAAUGGUAUACAAAUGGAAUGCCAAAGGAUGAACUUUGCACAGAAAAUGCAAUAAUGCUUCAUAACUUUAACCGCUUCCCUCUUAUCAUUGAUCCAAAUGGUCAAUCAAUUGAUUACAUCUGCAAGGAAUUUUCUUCUAACAAUAGAGAUCAAAAAAUAACUGUUCAGAAAACGAGUUUUAAUGAUAAUUCCUUCAGAAAAACACUUGAGUCAGCAUUACGUUUCGGGACUACAUUGUUAGUUCAAGAUGUUGAAUCUUACGAUCCAAUUCUAAAUCCAGUCUUGAACAGAGAAGUCAAGAAAGCAAGUGGUCGUGUACUUAUUACAAUUGGAGAUCAAGACAUUGAUUUAUCACCUGCCUUCAAAAUAUUUCUUUUUACAAGAGAUUCUUCGGUCGAAUUUCCUUCUGAUGUUUGCUCUCGUGUCACUUUCGUCAACUUUACUAUUACUAAAACAAGUUUGGAGUUACAAUGUCUCAACCAAGUGCUUCACAGCGAACGUCCAGAUAUUGAAGAAAAGCGAAAUAAUUUACUAAAAUUACAAGGAGAAUUUGCUGUUAAACUUAGGCAGUUGGAGAAGGCUUUGUUGAAUGCUCUCAAUGAUUCAAAAGGAAAAAUUCUUGAUGAUGACUCAGUUAUUGCAACGUUGGAAAAACUUAAAAACGAAGCAAAAGAAGUACAAAAGAAGUCUUCCGAAACUGAUGAAGUCAUAAAAGAGGUUGAUCGCGUUUCUCAAGAAUACAACAAAUUGGCAACUGCUUGUUCUUACAUUUACAUGAUGUUGCAUCAAUUGGAAGAAAUUCAUCUUCUUUACAAUUAUUCGCUCGAUUUUCUUUUGGAUAUAUUCACAAAUGCAUUGAAAUCGCCGCGAUUGUCUGGAGUGAAAGAUCAUCAUACAAGACUUUCAAUUAUUCUUCAGGAUUUGUUUUCGUUGACAUAUUCACGUGUCUCUCAUGGCAUGAUGCACAUUGAUAAAAUUUUGUUGGCACUUCUUUUGUUACGAAUUUAUUUGCGUUGUACCAGCUCAAACAAAUUUGAAGAAGAAUUUGAUUAUUUGCUUCUCUAUUCUUCCAAGCUACAACUUAAAAGUGCAACAAAUCAAAAUUUAAAACAAAUUGUCAUUCCACCAUUAAAUGAACAACAAAUUGCUUCUCUUAUUUCACUUUCAAGAUUGCCAGCAUUUAAGGAAUGUAUUGAUAAAUUUAAAACAUCUGUUACAACUGAUGAUUUGACUGAAUGGCUUCGAUCUGAUCAACCAGAAAAUUCUGUUCCUGAAAUAUGGACAACUAAAGAGCUUGGAAAUCCAAUUACAAAAGCUUUAAACGAGUUUAUUGUCAUUUACACGUUGAGACCAGAUCGUUUGCUUGCUUCUGCACAUUUGCUUAUUUGUGCAACCUUUGGCAAUGAGUUUAUGCUUCAAGAUAAAGUGCUAAAUCUUCGAGAAGUUAUUGAGAAUGAGAUUAAAAGCAAAGUUCCUGUACUUUUAUGUUCGGCUGUUGGUUAUGAUGUUUCUGGACGCGUAGAAGAUUUGGCUGUAGAAAUGAAUAAUAAAGAUAUGAUUUCAAUUGCAAUUGGGUCUUCUGAAGGAUUUGAUCAAGCUGACAAAGCACUUGAUUCUUCUAGCAGAAAUGGACGUUGGAUGUUGCUGAAAAAUGUUCAUUUGGCAACUGAUUGGCUUACACAUUUGGAAAAGAAAUUGCACAAUUUGAAGCCGCAUAAUAAUUUCCGAUUAUUUUUAACUGCUGAAAUUAACUCCAAAUUACCUGUUUCAAUGAUUCAGGCUUCUCGUGUUCUAGUAUUUGAGCCUUCUACCGGUCUAAAAGCAAACUUAUUGCGUUCAAUUUCGUCAAUAUCUCCUCAGAAAAUUGCUAAGAAUCCUGCUGAACGUUCAAGACUUUACUUUUUGUUGUGUUGGUUCCAUGCAAUAGUUCAAGAACGUUUGAGAUAUCAACCACUUGGAUGGGCAAAUUCAUAUGAAUUUUCUGAUGCAGAUCUUCGUGUUGCUUGUGAUACUUUGGAUCAAUCGGUUGAUGAAAUUGCUCAGGGACGAAGUAAUGUCAAACCAUCCAAACUUCCUUGGUUGGCUUUACGUUCUUUGUUGUCACAAUGUAUUUAUGGUGGAAAAAUUGAUAACCGAUUUGAUCAGAAUUUGUUGGAAACUUUCUUAAAUAAAUUAUUCACUCAAUGCCUUUUUGAUUCCAAUUUUGUAUUAAUCGAAGAUAUUGAUGGAAAUUCUACUCCGUUAGUUGUGCCAGAUGAAACUUCAACAAAGGAUAGUUUAAUCAAUUGGGUUCAUCAAAUAAAAGCAGCUCAAAUGCCGAGUUGGAUUGGUCUUCCAAAUAAUGCAGAAAAAGUUCUUUUGACGGAACGAGGUCAAGAAUUGCUUCGUAAAAUGCUUAAAAUGUCAGAUGAUGAGCUCGCUUAUGACGAAAUUGACAGCUCUUUACAAAAUAAAGUAGCGCCUUCUUGGAUGGUUGUUCUUAAAGAGCAUUGUCAAGCUUGGUUGGCAGAAUUUCCAAAGGAGAUUUGCAAAUUGCGUCGCACAAAAGAAAAUGUUAAGGAUCCAAUUUUCCGGUUCUUUGAGCGUGAAAUUAAUUUGGGCUCUCGUUUGCUCAAUGAGAUUCGUAAAGAUUUAAUUGAAUUGCUUGAAAUAUGUGAUGGCAAACAUAAACAGAACAAUCACACUCGUGAAUUAAUUGCUGCACUCGUAAAAAGCAAACAAGUGCCCCAGAGUUGGAAACAAUAUACAACUCCUCGUGAUGUGAUUGCUCAUGAAUGGAUGAAUGAUUUGAAAGAACGUGUUAAACAAUUGGAUCGACUUUCCCGUUCUAACAAUUUGAAAGCAGAAAGUAUUUGGCUUGGAGGAAUGUUUUUCCCAGAAGCUUACAUUACUGCAACACGACAAUUUGUAGCACAAACUAAUGGUUGGUCGUUAGAACAGUUAAAUAUGCAUGUACGUUCUGUUGGUAAAGGUGUUGAUCAACAGAAACAACAGCAAGGACCAACAAGUUUUUCACUUACAGGCCUCCGAGCAGUUGGAAUUAAUUGUGAAUCUCCAAAUAAAAUAAAGUUGACAGAUUGUAUUCACUCAGAAGUUGACAAACUUCAAUUUGUUUGGACAUUGGAGAAGCAAAAGGAGAAGGAAGUUGUUUCUGUUCCGGUUUAUUUAUAUUCAAAUCGUGCACAGUUCCUUUUUGAAUUAUAUUUUGUUCCCGUUAAUUUUGAUAAGGCAUUGCUUAGUCAGCGUGGUGUGGCGCUCUUGACAAAUUCAUCAUUUUAA